AUGAACGGAACCCGGCCUCACAACUGGGAGAAUGGCGUCCCUGUUUUCCGACCCAGUUACAAAGAGUUCAGGGAUUUCCAUGCCUACAUGGAUAAGGUCAAUGUAUAUGGUAAAAAAAGCGGGAUAGUCAAGGUCAUUCCACCCCAGGAGUGGCUAUCACAGCUGGAAAAACCACUUGGAGCAGAUACGCUGCAAAAAAUUCGAAUUAAGUCACCUAUUCAACAACACUUUAAUGGGUCUAAGGGUGUGUUUGUAGUGCAAAAUGUGGAAAAAGCCAAAACCUACAAUAUCAUUCAAUGGAAAGACUUAUCUUACGAUUACAGGCUUCCAGACGGCGGCAGUGACACUAAUACUGAAGCGAUGAAUGAGCAUAGCGACGCGGAGGAUGGCGUACGGAAAUCACCGUCUCCUUUGAAAUCGUCCAAAAUAAAACUGAAAAAUCACGAAAGCUUUACAAGAGACGACUACGAGAAGUUUGCUACUCACUAUAAUCACGAUAAUCUGGGUGAGUUUCAGGAUCCCAGUAGGCUAGAAUUCCUGGAAUCCUACUUUUGGAAAACUUUGGCUUUUACACCUCCCAUGUACGGGGCCGACGCGCUGGGAUCUUUAUUCCAGGAUAAAAUAGAUGUAUGGAACGUUUCUAAACUGCCCAGUCUGUUGGACCACGUUCGUACGAAAGUCCCGGGAGUAAACGAUUCGUAUUUGUACGCAGGCUUGUGGAAAGCAUCGUUUGCUUGGCAUUUGGAAGACCAGGAUCUAUAUUCAAUAAACUACAUUCAUUUUGGAGCACCAAAGCAGUGGUAUUCUAUACCGCAGGAAGAUUCAGAUAAAUUUUACAAAUUCAUGCAGGAGCAGUUUCCAGAGCAUGCUACUAAAUGUGACGAAUUUCUGAGACACAAAACGUUUUUGGUUUCACCGAAGCAGCUUGAGAAAAAUGGGAUUCGGUGUAAUAAGAUUGUACAUUAUCAACAUGAAUUUAUUAUUACCUACCCUUAUGGAUAUCAUGCCGGAUUCAAUUAUGGAUAUAACUUGGCAGAAUCCGUGAAUUUCGCGCUAGAAGACUGGCUGGAUAUUGGUUCCAAGGCCAAAAAAUGUUUGUGUGUCGAAGAUGCAGUAGGUAUAGAUGUUGAAAAACUGAAAGACGAUUGGAAUUCCAGUAAACAAAAGAGGAAUAUUACAGAAGUUAAAGAAGAACAUCAAGACAAUCGAAAUUCCCCAAAAGACUUUCUCAAAAAACUCAAAACCAAAUCGGACCCGUAUGGAUCUAACACUCUAAAGCGACCCAAUGAUAGCACGAAAUCGAAUGACUUGAAGAAAGAAAAAUCCAGCUUUGAGGUCGUUUGCCCAACGCCAGGACGAUCUUUGCCAUUUAAUAGACUAUCAGACCGCGAAAGCACAAAAAUGAAGGGCUUCAAUGAGCUCCUGCACCAUAGCUCUUAUGAAUUACAGGCUAUGGAGGAUAAUCCUCAACAAAGUGCCAUUCGUUCUACAACUCCAAACCCCGGUCAAUAUUAUAGUGGCCUAAGUCAAUCCAUCAGCCGAAUUUCAUCUCCACUGCUUUCUCGCAUGAUGGAUUUAUCGAAUAUUGUUGAGCCUACGUUAGAAGAUCCAACUUUAAAGUUUAAGAAGAACCCUUCUGUUCAGCCACAAAGCCACCAUACUUCUCAGACCCCUCAGAUGUUAGAAGACCACGAUGACAAUAUGCUGGCGCUAAGCCUUGCGUCAAUGGCAAGUGGUGCAUCGUCGCCUAGAUAUCCUUUACCUCCAAUUCAACCCAGACCUUACUCGCCUGCUGUGGCUGGAGAUACUAUGCUGUCUUCCGGCCCGAUGUAUGAGCAGAAUAAUCCUUUCACUUACUACGCAACUUUCAAGAGCGCGGUAAACUCACCGCAACCGAGUUCACCUGGGCUCUCAAAUUUGCCUUUCAUAAAGAGACUCAAAAGUCCUAAUAGGGUCACCCUCAAUAUUUCUAGAGAGUCUUCGAGAAGCCCCGUGUCGCUUAAUGCUGAGUUCAAGUCACCGCUUUCAGGAAAGCUUACAACUAGCGUCACAACCGCUAUGAAUUCAAACCUGAGUCAAGCAACCACGAUAGAUCGAUCUGCACCCUCAUCUCCUUCUGAAGUAAAGCACAGUACAGCAGAGUCACCGAAGAGGCCAGUAACCCAAUCGAAAAUCAGUUCCGAUGAGAUCAUAGUUUCUGACAAAGGGAAAGUUUAUGUUUGCCAAGAGUGUAGGCGUCAGUUUUCAUCUGGACAUCACCUUACAAGACACAAGAAAUCAGUUCACUCUGGAGAGAAACCUCAUUCUUGCCCUAAAUGCGGCAAAAAGUUUAAAAGACGCGACCAUGUGCUCCAACAUUUAAACAAAAAGAUACCAUGUACGGCGGACGGGCUUGGAAGCCCCUCCUCGAAAUCGGUCGGGAACGAGGAACUCAUGGCAGAAAACAGCGGAGAGCGUUAUAUCGAAACCAUGAGUGGUGCUACGCUGAAGAAUGUUUAA